AAGAGACUGCAGUUGAGCAGAGUUCUAUUCCUCCUAUCGGGUGUUCUGCUGUGUUGUCUCUACCAGCUGACUAUCACCUCCAAGCUCUCCCCAGGACCCUGGCCCCAUGCCCUGCCCCAGCUAGGUGAGGGGUCUGGGGAUGGAGAAGGCCUGACAGGGGCCCUCCUGGACGGGGGACGCAGUGUUGACACACAAGAGGUGGAUAUUAUAGAUUUAAUGACAACUGAAGUGUUCGAUUAUUACUCUGAGACGAUUACAGAUGAUGUCACACCAUCCACUACCACUGAGGAUACCAUUGACACAGAUGUCUCAUCAUCAUCAUCAUCAUCAUCAUCAGUGACUACAAUCCGGACUAUCGUUCACUGCAUCUAUGUAGACCCAGAGCCUCCCCUUCAGAUCCCCACCCUGCCCAACCCACCACCGACCCAUCCGGUCCCCAACACCACCCUAGCCUCCCCUGCCGACCUUGGGGACGCCCCUCAUCAGAAGGGAGAGUACCCCACGGAUAUCUUCUCCGUGGAGGACCGGAGACGAGGCUGGGUGUCGCUCCACAUCUUGGGGAUGAUGUACAUGUUCGUCUCACUCGCCAUCGUGUGCGACGAAUUUUUUGUCCCUGCGCUCGGCGUCAUCACAGACCAGCUGGCCAUCUCCGACGACGUGGCCGGGGCAACCUUCAUGGCGGCGGGAGGCUCCGCCCCGGAGCUGUUCACAUCUCUGAUUGGCGUGUUCAUCUCUCAUAGCAAUGUGGGCAUCGGGACGAUUGUGGGGUCGGCGGUGUUCAAUAUCCUGUUUGUCAUUGGGAUGUGUGCCAUUUUCUCCAGGGAGAUGCUGCACCUCACCUGGUGGCCCCUGUUCAGGGACGUCUCCUUCUAUAUCAUAGGUAAUAAUAUACUAACACAGGUAAAGGGAGAUGUUCCACCGCAGCCCUUUUUACAUCAGCAGUUGUCAAAGUGCAUUAAAGUAACUGGGCCUAAGCCCUAGAGUGCACAGUGGCCAGGAGAAACUCCUUAGAGGGAAGCAACCUGGAGAGGCACCUGGCUCAGAGGGGUGGGCUGUCCUCCUCUGGCUGAACCAGGUGGAGAUUAAGAGUACAUGUGGCCAUCAAGGCCAGAUAGUUUCUGAGUCCAGAGGGCGGGAGAGAGAGAGGUGUUCCACUCCUAAAUAAAUGAUAGGGUGCUUGGAGCCAACAGUCGAUCUCAAUCACAUUCAAAAUGAAAAAAAUAAAGACCAUAUCACUGAAGCUAUUAUUCACAACAUGAUCGUUUACCAACCCAGGUUAGCAAAGUAGAAACCUUUAAGUGAUCCAUUUCAGAAAUGUUGUCUCUGACUGUGUUCUCUAACCUCUUGCUGUGUUCUCUAAUCUUUUGCUUAUGAUGAAUGAACAUCUAUAAUGUUUUCAGACU